CCUGCUAGGAUGGAUGCCACUCUUGUAGCCCAGCGAGCCCUGGGCUGUGCUUGCUGCAUUGUUUCCACCUCCACACCCUGUUUCUCCACAGCCAUUACCAUCACUGAGCAACCAGUCUCCAUCUCUGUCCCAGUGGGAUACUCCUUCACACUGCGGUGCCGAGCCGAGGGAAGCACCUUGCUGCAGUACCAGUGGUUUUGUCAGCACCAGUCUGACUGCCACCAGAUUCCUGGAGCAACCAACCCAGACUUGCCCAUUAUUGCAGAGCAGACCCAGCUCUACACCUGCAGAGUCAAUGACCUCUACAGAAAUGCUGUCUUCUCUGACUGGGUGAAGGUGGAGGUCCAUCAGUGUGUCGCCAGAGGUUUGCCCCCUCGGCUGUGGCGAGGAGAGCCCGUCAUCAUCCUCAACCCCAUGGAGCAGAGGGUGGAGGUGGGGAAGCCACUGCAGCUGCAGUGUGCUGCCAUGGGGGUCCCAGCCCCCUGCUACCAGUGGUACCGGAAUGGGAACCUGCUGGAACAGCACAAGAGAAAAAAACUCUGGAUCACCCAUGCCAAGGUCAGUGACUCGGGCACGUACCUCUGCUGUGCCUCCAACAGUCAUGGAGAGCACUGGACCAACGCUGUGGACGUUCACGUAGGUACAUGUGGCUCUGAAAAGUUUUUUGCUACAGGCAAAAUAGCACUUUUAGUGGGCAACAACCGCUACCAGCAUCAUCCCAACCUCAUGGCUCCUGUCAAGGAUGUGUUUGAGCUGAGUCGUCUUCUGGAACAGCUGGGCUUCCAGGUUGUCUCCCUCCUGGAUCUGAACAAGGCUGAGAUGGCAACAGCGGUCAGUCAGUUCCUGCAGCUCCUGGAAAAGGGAGUCUAUGCUGUAUUCUACUAUGCCGGGCAUGGGUACGAACAUCUGGGGAGGAACUACAUGGUCCCUGUUGAUGCCCCCCAGCCCUACUCCCCUGAGAACUGCAUCAGCGUGCAGAGGAUCCUCCAGAAGAUGCAGCAGCAGCAGACAGCCCUGAACAUCAUCUUGCUGGACACCUGCAGGAAGUGGUACAACCCAGGACGUGCCCUCUCCCAGGUGCAGCCGCUGGAGCCCUGGGGAAAUACUGUCUAUGGCUAUGCCACGAGUGAAGAUGCAGAAGCCUAUGAACUGCAGGAUGGGGAGUUCAGCUCUGGGAUCUUCAUGAAAUACCUGAAGAAACACAUUCUGAAAGAGAAGAAGGUUACACACAUGUUGGAGGAUGUGUUGGAAGACGUUGGCCGGGAUCCCCUGGUCACUGGGAAGCAGGUGAUGGAGAUCAAACACACCCUGAAGGAAGCCCGGUCCCUGACAGACCCCAUCUGUCCCUCCGGCGCAGGUGCCGAGCGCUGGGGACACAGCCACGAGCCACUGAGCAGAACACUGACCUUCCCCUGCGGGGCCCGGGCAGAGCUCCGCUUCCUGCGGCUCUUCUCCAACCUGAUGUCUGUGUGUGCAAAGCUGCAGGCCCCCCCGGCCCACGUCACUGCCCCUCGCCUCCUGCUCUGCCAGCCCCCGGAGAUGGAGGCCGUGGCCAUGCAGAGGGAGAGCCGUCUGGACCAUGUGGAGACUCUGCUCGCCUCCGUGUACAAGUGGGAGGAGCUGGAUUGCGUCUUCCAGCUCUGUGGACUUCAGAAAAUUCAGACGGAUGUGGUCCUGCAGUUGGAUUUGCAUUACACCCAGCCGAGCACAAAGCAGAGGACUUGUGAAAGCCUGCGAACGACCCUCCAGAAAUCCCUGCUGGGGCAAUUUUUCAGCCAGAGGAGCGACUCUCAGCCAGACUUCCAGCAAACUCCUGCCGGCAAAGGCAGUGUGUGCCUUCGGGACACACCAGACCCAAAGGGACAAGGAUCCCUGAGGACAGGUUCUGGCCAGAGCUUGCCCAGCAGCAGCCCCUCCACCUUCAGCAGCGAGCCCGAGGAGAACGAUGAGAGCGACCUGGGCGAGCUCUGCUCGGCGCUGCUCCGGGCUGGCCCCUGACCCUCCGCCCUGGUUUUAAUUGAGGCAACAGCUCUUCAAGUGCUGAAUCCUUCAGAAUCCACAGCUACCUCCCGGUCUCAGCAUCACCCUGUCCCAGUGAGGCCAAGGAUGCUUUCCUGGAAAGGCUUCUCCCAUCUGCACCCUGUGGCGUGCGGGGCCUGAAGCCCACUGGGACUACCCCCAGUCCCACGUGAGCAUGGGGAUCAGUGGGGAGUCACUGUAGUGUCUGCAGAGGACAGGGCCACCCGGCCAGUCAUAACACUGCCAAGGCACUGCUGCAAGUCAAGGGCACUGCUGGUAUUUUCUGCCCGAAAACAAACGUUGCAGCAUUAAAUGUGAUGAGAAACCCCCAAACACUACAGCCCCAGCUCCAGUCCCAGCCGUGGCUGCUGGCUGCCAUCACACCUGUGCAAGGGACACGGGGCUGCACCAAGGGGACCAGGUGAAAUGGUGUGAGCUCUCCCUGGGGUAACAGUGUCGCUUUCUUCCCAUGCCUGUGUCAAAGCAGAUGUUAAGUUAUGCAUUUAUGUGUUUCUGAAGAACGUAUUUAUAGUUGGGGUGACAGUCACUUGCCAGGAAAAGGAAGUUCCAUCCAGUGUGUGUUUAGGGGGGAGGCUGGUUUUCCACCAGGAACAGCCACCAGGAGUAGCAGGUACACUGACACCUGCCCCUUCCAGCAUGGUCCAAGGGGCAUUAAAAGGUGUUCAGCCCUGUGCAGUCCCCAGUUCCUCUCAGGUGCAGAGUGUCCUACAGGAGAGAUGGAAAAUACUGGGAUUGAUAAAGAAUAACCUCAAAAAAGUUAUUAUUAGUGCAAAUUGUUUUUUCUAAGUGCCUAUCUGUGCUGUGGGCAACCUCAAGUACUACCUUUCAUGGACAACCAACUGUCCGGAGAAAGCCACAGGGUGAGCAGGGCCCAAUGGACAUCCUGGGUGGGCACAGUCCCCUCCCUGACUGCUACUGUAAUAUCUGUUUGAUAAAGGUGGUUGCUCAGUAAGGGCCUGGCAGGGUGAUUCAAUAGUUCCACAGAGGCCAGUGACCCCAGUGAAGUGUCGGGUCUCCAUCCUUGAAGGUUAGUUCACUCUGGACUGCAGAAGAUGCUGGUGACCUGAUCCAAGCUGGUGGGGGGCUGGACCAGAGAGCACUGGAGAUCCCUUCUGGCUGUUGUGGUCCUGUGAAAGAAAGAGCUUGUAGAGCAAAACUUCUUGAGAGGUCAAGGAUAGCAAAGUGGAGAGAGGGCCUGAGCUCUGUCAUAGUUUAAAAGAGGGUUGGAGAGAGCAUUUUCUCAGUUUUGCUCUUUUUCAGCAAUGAAGAUACAUCCCUGUCUAUGGUGUCUGUUACAGCACAGAAAAAUCUGAAAUGUUCCUUCCAGAUAAACCAUCCUACAAGUGCUGGAAACCUGUCCAAAGAGAACAGAGGAGGCUUUUAUUCUCCUCACAGUGAGUAGAGCCAAGGGAAAGAAGAGGGGCCCCAUCUGGCUGCAGACUAGAAAGUCUCUAAGGCAAAAAUGUAAAGCUCAAAAAAAUAAAAAGGAUGUAGUUUAAAUAAGAUAGACUGAUAGAGAAGCUAAACCAGAAAACAAUAAACUAGUUGCAGGGAGAACCAAAGAUCCACUCAACACCAGCAGCCACUGAGGACAGGUCAUCAGAAUGGCUCUGCAGGAAUUUGGGAAGAGCUGGGGGGUCUUGUUGCCUCUGUGAGGAUUAUACACACCCUCCUGUACUGUUGGGACAAGACUUGUUUCUGGCUCACGUUAUCAUGGCAAAUGUCACCUCAUGUGAAUGUUAAUCUCAUUCAAAGCCAGUCUUUCUUUUUUCUGAAUAAAACACUAUUGGUGUUUUUGAA